AUUGGAAAAGAAUAAACCUCAAAGGGAAGCCUCCUCCUCGCCGAGAGAGGGUGUGCAUCGGUUCACUCUCCCUCUGCAAUCACCUGACGAGAGCGAGGGGCGGCGGCGAGCGGACAGACGUUGGGACGUAAACCGUCAGCGGACGGAUUUGGAGGACCGUUGACCAUGCAGGUGGAAAAACAGUUUCCAAAUAACUGGAUAAACAGGGCAGCUGUGGAUGCAGAUAAAGGCGCGACGCGAGUUCCAUCGUUGUGAUUUACAGUCCGGUUGGCGUUGGCGUUCGCUGUGGCGGAUUAAUAACCGGUCGUAAAGGAGGAGGAGGAGGAGAGAAGGCUCCGAUAAAGGAAGGAAGACAAAAAGGGGGGAGUGUGGAGAAAAAAAAGGGGGAGAGUGGAUAAAGCUUGAGGGGGGGACCAUGAGCUCGGCACUGCCUUACGACUCGCUGUCGGCCCGGCCGAGUCCCAGCAGAAGAGCUCUGGACUGGGAGCGGGAGCAGCUAGCCGUCAGGCGACUUUCCUCUCCGCUCGGAGUAAACUUGCUCACGCCUCCUCCGCUUCCCCGACGACCUUCCGCCAUCCCGGGCUAUCUGCUGCCUCCCUACCAAGACCAGGAGGAGCAGCUCCACCAGCAUCACCAGCGUCUCUCCCUGUCCGUUUGCUCGGAAGCCUCCCUGGCGCCUCCCGCUCCUCCCCCGGUGGGUGCUGCCCCGCCGUGCUGCCGCCAAGUGGGAGUCAUGCACCUCCUUCGGCUCGGCCUCCUGGCUUUCAGCUGCCUGUUCUGGGCGGCCGGGCUGGCCAUCUUCACCCUGGGUGUUUGGGCGCAGAUCUCCCUGGCAGACUACAUGACGCUGUCGGCCAACCGCUACCCCAACGCCCCGCUCAUCCUCGUCUCCACCGGCGCCGCCGUCACCGCCUGGGGUUUCCUGGGUUGCCUCGGCGUGGCUGCCAACCUGCCCUGCGUCCUGAGGGCCUACGGGUUCUUUCAGCUCGCCACGCUCGUCGCCGGACUGGCAGCCGGACUCUCGGGCCUCUUCUACCGCGAAGACAUCGCCGGGGGAUUUCGCAGUGGCUUGCAGCGAGCCGUGGCGGGCUACACGGAGGACGAGGGCCGCGCCGACGCCCUAGACAGCCUGCAGAGGGCCUUGGAGUGCUGCGGCGCCGAGGGCUGGCGCGACUGGCUCAGUUCGGACUGGGCCAUCCAGCACAUGACUUUCCUCCCCGCCGAGAACGGCACCUCGGUCUCCCUGCCAGACAGCUGCUGCGUGAGGCGCAAGGGCUGCAGGAAUCGGCCGCUGCUGUCGGACGACAACGACGGAGUGGCCGCCGCGGGAAUCCACCCCCACGGCUGCUUCCGGAAGGUCUUCAGCCUGGUCAACGACAACGUCUUCCACAUCGCGGCCGCCGUGUUGGGGCUGGCCUUCACGCAGAUCGGAGGCAUCGCCCUGGCUUGUCUUCUGGCCAACAAGCUGGCGCCCAGGCAGCACGGCCGGGUGGUGGCCCACUGAUAAAGUCCGUCUGAAGAGCAGCUGCUGCGACGGGAAGGUGGUUCUUCCGGAAGAAAGAGCCAAGCUCAUAUUUCAAAGUUCUUUCAACCUCAUAGAUGAAAAUUUGUCCCGUUGACAUCGGGAUAAUUCCCGUAAAUCUUUGUUCUUGUGAUUCUGGUAGGGAGAACGUUCAGGCAAACAUCCAGAGGACUUCUUUAGGUUCUUACGGUUGGGUUGUAGUCGGCAUUUUUUUUUAGUAUUCAUGUGAAUUUGGCCCAUUUGAGUUGACCAGCAGCUCUAAUUCCCAUCACAGGCCUUAUAUUUGUGGAAACAGACCUGGUUGGGUGUAAGCACCAGUUCUGGCUCAUCAGCUUCUCUUUAAAAAUAAUCCUCGACGUUGGAGUCAAAGGGGCCAAAGAACUGGGUCCCAGACACUGAACUGCAAAACUUUAAAUCAAGAUUACUCAACAUUUUGACUAAUCCGGUUUCUUUCUUUUGCGGCUGAAUCACGCGUGUCUGAAAUGAGCUUCUCAUAGUUCCUACACAGGUGUUUCAUGCAGAAAACGUUAUUCUUCCCCAGGGUUCUUAGUCCUUGACGUUCAUUGUAAUGUGCUGAAUCCUAAAUGAUAGAUGGCAGAUGUCUCUAAAGUGGGCCGACAUUAAAUAAGGAACAUGUAUCAAUCAGACAGUGGAAGGAUGGAAGAAACGACACAAAAAAAUGUAGGUCGGAACCAUGGAUGGUUAGAAAGAAGGAAGCAAGAGAGUUAGGACGCAAGGAAAGAAAGAAUAAAGGACUCAAGAGAGGAAGGAAGGAGGAAACACAGAGGGAAGAGACUACACAAUGUGUGAAAAAAGGAAGAGAAAUAAUAAAAAGCCAGAAGGAAAUGAGGGUGGAAGGAAGAAAUGAAGGGCAAAGACAUAAGGUAGGAGGCGAGGAUGAAAAGGAACGACGAAUGGAAGGAGGGAAAGAACAAAGAAAGGAAGGAGGGAAAGAAGAGUACUAGAAGACAGAAAGGAAAGCAUGAAGGACACAAGGAGGAAGGAAGAACUUUAGGAACUAAGAUUUGAAAUAAAGUCCAUAUAAAUUAUGCCCAAGCUCUUGUUUUCUGUUUCCAGACAUGGAAAAUACUGAAGUCAUAUUCCAAGCUGUGCAGGAAUCCUGACUUCUG